AUGGGCGAGGAGUCGCUGCUGGCGUGCGCGGUGCGGGAGACGCUCGAGGAGACGGGUGUCCGGGUGACGCCGCUGGCGGUGCGGUGCGGCACGAGGGCGACGCCCGGGGAGGGGGCGCUCGAGGGGCAGCAGGAGCUUCAGGAGAUGCACGAGGUGCAGCACAUGCAGGCGGUGCAGGCGGCGCAGGCGAUGCAGGCGAUGCAGCGGCGGGCACGGGGCGCGCAUGUCGAUGUACAGGCCGUCGAGUCAGAUGCUGAGGGGCCUGUCCGGCAAGGGCUGACAGAGGGGGUCGACCAUUACGAAGCGGUGGCGUGCUGCCAUUGGGCCGACGUGGCGACGGGGGCGUUGAAGAUGGUGUUCUACUACGCUGCCUCGGCCGACGAGAGCGCUCUGCCUGAGCCGCUCGUGGGUGAGGACGCGGGCCUGUUCGAGAACGUUUGGUGCGAGGUCGACGAGGCGGCGAAGCAGUUGGCGUUCCCGACGGACGGCAUGGUCGUGAACAAGGCCGUGGCGGAUAUGCGGCGGACGGGGUACGAUAUUUGAUGACUGACGAGUUUGAUGGAGUGUUUGUCUUGGGCUUGGAUGCU